AUGAUCAUUCGGUCCACUCGCAGAGUCCUCCAACUACGGCGUCGAAUUUGCGCCCUAAAUCACUCUACCGGAACCUGGAUCGCCCCCAUGUCGACGAGCGCAACGAGGUCGUUCGUUCCCCCACCCACCACGCUCAAUUCGGCAUUGGAACGGAUACGAGAGCUCGAGAAGAGGUUGGCCGUGGCGGAAUAUGCGAUACAACAAACGACGGGGCAGACACUUUCACAACUACUCGGCGAGGAUCAGGACGAGACGAGCUCAAAGCCGACCAUUGCGAAAUCGACACCGGCAGUAGCAGCAGAACCGGUCCAGAACUCCACAGAAAUUGGGACUACGGGGCCAGAACCUAUCGAAAUCUCCCCCCUCGUACUGAAAGCGUUGGCGAUCAAGAAAGGCGUACACAUCGGUUCAAUACCCGAGGACGAAGCAUCGAGUCAAGUCGAGAAAUUGUGGGAAGGCUUGAAGGUGACGCACGAGCAAAAGGACCAGUUGAGGGCUUGGGCGGGGCUGUAA